AUGGCUUCAAAAGGGCUUGACAAGUGUGUGCCUCUGGUCCUUCUGAUGAUGCUCUGUCAUGGAGCCACUGCUCAAUCAGGCUGCACCAGUGCGCUAGUAGGCUUAGUCCCAUGCCUAAAUUAUGUCACAGGAAAUUCCUCUAUCCCAUCAUCUUCCUGCUGCUCCCAGCUUUCUUCCGUUGUUCAAUCUCAGCCGCAGUGUCUCUGCGCACUGCUUAAUGGUGGUGGCUCAUCACUGGGCAUUACCAUUAACCAAACCCAAGCUGUGUCGCUCCCUGGAGCUUGUAAUGUGCAAACACCACCACAAGCCAAUAAUAGUCCAGCAAUUCCACCGACAUAUUCUCCAACUAGUCCUCCAUCAGAUUCUUCGGAUGAUAUGCCUAAAACUCCAAAUACACCAUCACUGCCAAGCAUUCCUGCAGGCGGCAGUUCUAAGACAGUCCCAACAGCAGGUGGCACGUCAGCUGCAAGCCUCACAAGAAUGCGACUUCAUCUCACCAUAAUUUUCAUUUUCAUUGCCUCACAUAUUUCAAAUGGCAUUAGAUUCUAA